CUCGGCAGGGAUGGGGGAGAUCCACCCACUGUCGCCUGUCCAAAAUUUCCCAGUCGCAGUCCCCGAAGUCACAGCACAUUCACUGAACUAUGCCCAUGCACCGACCGCAGUAUGCCAGCGGCGGGGCCGAUGAUUUGAACUAGCUGCCUCGCAGCUCGCCGCCUCCCAACUGAAAAAGGAACAGCUUCGCCAUCAUCCCUCGUCUUUUUCUCUUCCUUUUUCUUCGGAGCCGCUGCGUGUCCAGACAUUCACUCUAGCUCUGGCUCAUAAAGUGGAACAUCAUGGCUACUCCUGUUGACCAGAAAGUCAAGAUUGAAUUCCUGGAGGAUGUGGAGCCGCAGACUGUCAAUGCUGGCGAGGUACUCGUCGAUGCGGCUGGCGAUAUUCAGCGGUUGCCCGUUCCUAGUGCCGAUCCCAAUGAUCCUCUCAACUUCACCCUCUGGGAGAAGAGUGGUGUGAUUGUCAGCUGUUGCUGGUUCUCCAUCAUGUCUCUUUCCGUGGUCGGAGGUUUGGGGGCUAUUUUGAGCGUUUUCUUUGGGCUGUAUGCGCCUCAGGGCCAUAGCUCGACUGAAAUCGUUUGGUUGGCAACGUUCCCUUCGUUAUUUGUUGGUGUUGGAAACUAUCUUAUUCUUCCCUUGGGCCUGGUGUACGGUCGCCGACCCGUGGCCAUUGGAUCGAUCAUCGUCCUUUUCGUUGCGACGAUUGGCUGCGCUGUAUCGCAGACACUCGAGCAGCAUCUUGGUCUUCGAUGUCUUCAAGGUUUGGCAACGGGUGCUACCGAAUCGCUUCUCCCUUUGAUGCUUUCCGAAGUCACCUUUGUCCACCAGCGUGGCCUUGUGUAUGGUGUCUACUGGGCAACACAGAAUGUGGUGACCAGUUGCCUGAACAUUGCGUCUUCUUAUGAAGCUGCAGCUCUGGGCUGGCGCUGGUUCUACUGGGUCUACGUCAUCGCCGUCGGUGUCGGACUUGUCAUUGUGGUCUUCGGUUGCUUCGAGACACGCUACGAGCGUCGCGCACAACUCAUCAAUGGAAGAGUUGUUGUAACAGACCAGUUUGGUGUCACCCAAGUUCUGGAAGGUGAGCAGGCUCGGGAGUAUAUGCUCGCGCUGGAGGCCGAGGAGCAGGACAUCCCCGACGAGACACGACCCAAGAAGUCAUACAUGGAGAUGCUUGCCCCUUGGCAGAAGCCGUCGAAGCACCCAAUCAAGACCAUUCUGAUGGCAUGGUACCAUAUGUUCGAAGCCUUCAGCUCCCCCGGAAUUCUGUACGCGACCUUGUUGUCGGCAGUGGUUCUGGGAUGCAGUGUCGGCAUGUCUUUGACUUAUGACACCGUGCUGCAGGAGAAGUAUGGCUGGGCUGCCAAGAAUGUUGGCCUGAUCAAUCUGGGAGGUGUGUUCGGUGGCUUUGGAGGUAUGCUCUACGCCGGUGUGUUUGGUGAUUGGUACAUUCUGCGCCUGGCCAAGCGCGCCGGUGGCGUCCAUACUCCCGAGCAUCGCCUGAUCCUGCUGAUCGUGCCUGGCAUUCUGAUGGUCAUUUCGCUUCUUCUGUACGGUUUCACCGCUAAUGGUAAUGCCACGUGGGGUGGCCCGUACAUGGGAUGGACACUGCUGCAAGUGGCCUUCGUCUCAGUGCUCAUUUUGUCAACUUCUUUCGCUGCCGAGGCGUGGGAGAAAAACCCCGGUCCUGCCCUUGUGGCAGUUGUCGGCACAAAGAACAUUAUCGCGUUUGGUGUUAGUUAUGGCUUGACUCCAAUGGUUACCAAGUACAGCUAUGCUGCCGCGAUGGGAAUUCUGACUGCCGUUACUGGGGCAAUCUUCCUUUUGGGAAUUCCCGUCUAUUUCUUCAAUCCGGCUUGGCGCCGCUAUAUGCAACGACGUGAAGCCAAGAAGGAAGCAAGCAGCUAAUGAUUGCCAGAAUCUGCAUGUCGUUCUUAUCGC